UAUUUGAGAAACACUUCAAACCAGAGCAAGUGUAUUUGUAGAUCGUCACAAUUUGUGAGGUUUUUUUUUAUAUGUGUCAUCAGUGUUUAAUACAAGUUAUGCCGGACAGGGGUUCAACAUGCCUGGAUGGAGGAUCAUAUUUCUUCAAUUAUCGUCAAUGUGUCAGUUGCUACAAGAAAGCAAAUAUUCUCAUCACGAAUAGGAGACAGGACGAAGAUGAGGACGGAAUGGAAAUCAUUGAAUAUCAACAUGUUUGUGAGAAGUGUGGGCACAUAAUUGCAAGUCAUGAAUACACUUUUCAAGUUAAUGGAAAUUAUCAAGAAUAUGAAAUGAACUGUAAACUUUGUGGUUUUGGUCAAGACAGAGUUUGUGUGUUUCCUCAUGAUCCUGAAAAAUCUCGUAGUAUAUUUUGAAACCAUAGGAAGUUGAGUACCAUAAACUUUGCUUCACUGAAAAUGUAAAUAUCGUUGCCCCAAGCCAGUUCAGCAUAAAUAUAUGUAUGUUCAACAAAAA